UUGCAUGCACCCACGAGGCUUCCAGCCACAAAAACAUCACCAUCACCUUGUCUUUUAUCUCGUACAGGCAACAAUGGUGGCCUUAGAGGAUCAACUGAUCGUUUUUCUCUAAAAUCAUCUUUCUUUUCUCCUUCACUUCACCUCUUGAUUACUUCUUAUAAGCAUCAGCAGCAGCCCCUUGCAUCUGCUGCUCCAAGAUUCUCCAUGCGUUGUGCAGCCAAGCAAGCCUACAUUUGUAGAGAUUGCGGGUAUAUUUACAUUGACAGAAAACCAUUUGAAAAGCUUCCUGAUAAUUACUUCUUCCCUGUUUGUAGUGCUCCUAAAAGGAGAUUUAUGGAAUACAUGCCUGCUGUGGCAAAAAAUGACAACGACACAGAUGUUCGAAAAGCACGUAAAACACAGAUUCAGAGAGAUGAAGCAAUUGGAUAUGCAUGAUUCCUGACAACUGGGGAGCAUUGCCUAUCGCAGUCGUGGCUGGAGUUGUAGCUUGUUUAAAGAUCCUCAAGGUGGUAAUUUGGCGAUAAGACAAAAGCUUGAUGGGCUUGCAGCAUCCACAAAGUCAGAAAUUUGUGCAACAUCUCCUUCGACAAAUAGCAUCGCCUAAUAAUAAAAGGGGAGAGACAAACAUUUCAUUUCCUGAAGAUGAUCAUAUUGACCUAAAUUAGAUUAGAUUCCUUGGAGCUACAACAUUUGCAUUCCCACCAUAUGCCCAAUCCUCUGAGCUGUUUCGCCACCAUGUAUAUGCCUCUCAAAUCCUAACAUGAUUGUUAGUAAUCAUGAUUUAAUCCCUCAAGUCUUCAACCAUCAUCCAAGUACGUUCAUUGAUUGUAAACUGUAAUAGCAAUAUAACAGGAUAACUAUACAACCAGACAAAAUUGCUGAAAGGUCUCACAGAUGGGGGGGCAAGAUAAAUUAGUGAAAUAAUUUGAAGUUUGAUACGUUACAUGCCGUGGUUGGUUAUACAUGUAGCAAGUGAUCACACUUGCAAAA